AUGUCAGAUGUGGAGAUGACUAGCUCACAUAGCGGACCCCGACGCAAUCGCGCGACAGUCCUGCCACCGGCGCUCCGAUCGGCGCCGCGAGAAGCCGAGAAGCACCUCUCGUCGGCAGCAUCCAUGACGGACUUGACUACCAAGUGUCGCCCAUUGAACGACACGGUGAUGCGGUCUACGUACGCCGACGCGAACGCGGAACGCGGCCUGCAGGAACUGCCGGCAGUCAGCCCGGGUGCCGCCCACCGCCGUAGUGGAAUCGAACUCUCCAUGGAUGGUGUGUCGCUUUGCAGGCCGAGGUGUCGGUGCCUGCGGCGCCAGAUGGUGACACACCUUAACAGCUGCAGUCUGCGCAUCCCCCCAGGCUCGGUGCACUGCAUCACGUCCCUCCGCUCAAUGUACAGCCGCUGCGCACUGGCUGUGUUGGCAGGUGUGGACGCUGUCGCCCAUGCCGAAGGGACGGCGCUGGCAAACACAUACCCGACGACAGCCCUCCGCUACCGCCGCCAGGUUGGAUACGUGGCCUCGCUGGACGGCAUUAUUCUGGAGGCUACCGUGUCUGAAAACCUGCUCUUCGCCAUUCAACUCCGGUUCGACGCGGACGCACGGACGGAGAGGAAGCUGAUUCGGAAAGCAGCGGCAGAUGCGCUGCUGACGGAUUACUUGCACGUUCGCGCCUCUCUGCUAUGUCCGGCGCGCCGGUAUCUGCUGGCGCUCGCCAUGGAGCUCGUGGCUGAGCCCAUCGUGCUGCUCCUUGAAGACCCUCUCCCACUCUUCUCACUGGCCCAUCUGCAGCUGUUUGCUCGCAUGCUCCAUCGCCUGCACCACCGCAACCCAAACGGCACAGUCGUGUGGAGCGGCUCAACGAUUCCGUGGACACUCUUCGACCACAUCGACGGCCUCACGCUGCUGAGCGCGGAUGGCAAGACAUUCUACACCGGCCACAAGAAGGGUGUGGAGGCCUUCCUGCAGGAAGACCUCGGCAUCCUGUGCGUCCCUGGUGAAGACGUGGUCGAUAUCAUGGCUCAGAUGGAGCUGGAUACGGCUGCCAUCACGCGCGCGCUCUUGUCGUUCCGGAACAGCCGGUACAAUCUCCAGCUGCAGCACGACCUGCAGGCGCAUCGCGCCCGUAUCGAGACGAACACCUUUGCCACGCUGCCCGAAGAAACACGUGCCCCGCCCCACUACCUGCGCAUGCAGUGGCUCCUCCUGGUGCACGCGCUGCGCGGCAACGUGGUGGGCAGGACGGCGCUCGUGCCGUGGGUGGGACUCUUGGUUGUCAUUCUGCUGGUGUGCGUCCUCGUGGCGCUCACAGACGGCGAGGGACAGGGCGACAUGCAAAACGUGCGUGGGGUGCUCUUCCUGCUGCUCUCGUGCUCUGUUCAGAUCAACUCCAUUUUUCUGAAGGCAGAGCUGCGAAACUGGCGUGCGUUUCAGUCGCUCAAGGAUACGCUGCACAUCUCCGUCACCCCCUACUUUGUGGCCACGAUUGUGCGUCUCGUUGCACCCCGUCUGUGCUUCGCGCUCGCCGGCUGCAGCUGCGCAGCUGUCAUUUUUCAGGAGGCCGCCGUCGUGUCCCUCAGCAUUAUGAUGGCGCUCACCAGUUUCACACACGCCUCUCUUGGACUCGUGGCGGUGUAUUGGCUUCCACGCUUCGACUAUCUGCUGCUACUCAAUCACGUCUACUACGGUUACUGCGUCAUUACCAGCGGCUUUUUUAUCAGCCUCACUUCGAUCCCGCGGUUCUUUCAGUUUCUCUCCAUUCUCCGUAUCGGCUAUGGUGGCUUGCUGGCGACAGAGCUGCGUGGACGCACCUUCGGCUGCGACGCCACAUCUCCGGGAUCACACAUGGAAUCUAGUAGCAACAUCAGCCGUAGCGCCAGUGCCGCUCUCACCCCGUCCUCACUGUGCUACACCGGACAGCAGUACUUGGAUUUGAUAGGGCUCUCCGACGACAGCUGGGGAAUGUCGGCGCUGGUCCUGUUGUGGUUGUCUUUUGGUAUCAUGAUCACGCUGUGGCUUAGCAUGCACAUCAGCUCUAGCGCGAAGCUCUUUUCCUCCACUUGA